AAAUGAUUUGAUGAUGCCAAGUAAUACAAAAGAAUCCAUCAGAGAUGUGGGACUUCCACAAAGCAGAAAGGGUGGAAAUAUUGAGGUCAGAAGUUCCUCCACAGAGUUAGGUAACUGCUGCCAGGAAAGGGGCGGAGCCUUGUUGGAGAUGAAGCAACAGCAAAGUGUCUGAGUUUGUAUAAAAACUCUGCAGUCUCAUCAGAGUCAGUGAAGCAGAGACACGACAGGAAACUGAGCAGCGUCUGACAAACUCAAAGAGUCAAGAGAGAGACUGACCUGACGUCCAUGAGGAAGACGACCUCUGACCUCUGACCUCCCGUGAAGAUGAAGGCAUUCAGCAUUGCAGCUGCAGUGACACUCGUGCUCGCCUUUGUUUGCUUCCUGGAAAUCUCCGCCGUCCCGUUCACCACGGUGCAGGAGCUGGAGGAAGCACGAGGAAGAGACAACACUCCAGCUGAGACACACCAGGAGACACCUGUGCACUCACAGAUGACGCUGAAUCAUGUCAGACACAGACGCUGGAGUCACAUCCACCUGUGCCGCUGGUGCCGCAACUGCUGCGACUCUGACGCCUGGGUUUACUGCUGCAGGACAACCAAAACCUCCAAAUAAUUAAUUUAUUAUUCUGUGUUUGUGUCAGGAAAUGAUCUUUGAUUGUCUGUGCUGUCAUGUUUUACAUAUACAUGCACAUAUGUGUAUAUAUAUAUAUAUAUAUAUAUAUAUAUAUAUAUAUUAUGCAUAAAUGAGGUAAAAUUCAUGGACUCAUGCAUUUUGAAUAAACAAAGCUGUUGUGUGUA